UCAGGAGGAAAGGGUCAGAGAGGCACUUCGACAGGCAGCUGCUGCACGUUUCUCCAGUCUUCAACCUCAACUUUGGCUUCAGCAACGGUUUUUUAACGCUUGACUCGCAGUCUUCUUAAUUCUUGUGGAUGAUUUUGGUUGACAACAGUAUCUUUCGUCACUACAAAAGGACGUGUUUUUGCCAGAUUCUAGGAGUAACGGGCAGCCGAGAACCUCAGCUAGCAGCAGCUAUAACGAGGCUAUAGCAGGCUAGCUAACGUUAGCUAGCGACCUGGCUAGCUGCACACGAGCUGAGCAUUGCUCGGUGGUGGGGUGGGGGGGGCGGUGUGCCUACAGUGUCGUUUGAUGGAUCCGAGAAUUGCCUGGUUUCAACCAGAACAACGUGGACCCGCUAACAACCUGUGGAUGCAGAUUUGGGAGACGACACAAGGGCUCGGCUACUUGCAUGUAAAUAACAGCUACAGCACUGGAUCUCAGAGCACGUCGAGUCUGAAAGCGACCGUCAACGGAGCACCGGGAGCCGUCCUCACCAGCAGAAACGGAGCACUUGACUCAAACACCGGCAGCGGUGAAGGCAGGACUCAGGGGAUGUCAAGCUCAAUGGGGGACGGGGGAAUAACUGAACAGCGGGACUUUAUACCACUGGAAACCAAUAGCAACCACAACAACCGAGCCGCUGGCAGGGGCGGUGUCGGUGGAGGGGGGCAGCAGCAGGGCAGCGGGGUCGCUGUGCUUUGGAGGGGGCUGACGGACGGACACCCCAACAAAAGAAAAAGAGACAACAAAGCUAGCACUUUCGGAUUCAAUUCCAGCCUCUUGAACAGUGGCAGCGCCUCCAACACGGGAGGCUACGAUGGUUACACGGGCACACCAUGGAAAGUCAGGAACUACUCGGAGGGAAUUGUAGGGUUACACGAGGAGAUCAAUGACUUCUAUGAGUACAUCUCCCCACGGCCGGAGGAGGAGAAAAUGAGGCUGGAGGUGGUGGACAGAAUAAAGGGAGUCAUCCACGACCUGUGGCCCAGCGCUGAGGUCCAAGUGUUUGGGAGCUUCAGCACUGGCCUAUAUCUGCCAACAAGUGACAUUGACCUGGUGGUUUUUGGGAAGUGGGAGACGCUGCCACUGUGGACACUGGAAGAGGCUCUGCGGAAGAGAAAUGUUGCAGAUGAGAACUCCAUCAAAGUUUUGGACAAGGCAACGGUUCCCAUCAUCAAACUGACAGACUCCUUCACUGAGGUCAAAGUUGACAUCAGCUUCAAUGUGAAGAGUGGUGUUAAAGCUGCUCGGCUCAUCAAGGAAUUCAAAGAGAAAUACCCUGUGCUGCCUUACCUGGUCCUGGUGCUGAAGCAGUUCCUACUGCAGAGGGACCUAAAUGAGGUUUUUACCGGUGGAAUUGGCUCCUACAGUCUGUUCCUCAUGGCCGUCAGCUUCCUGCAGCUUCAUUACAGGGACGAUGUGUGCAGUCCCAACAUCAACAUUGGUGUUCUGCUCAUUGAAUUCUUUGAGCUCUACGGUCGCCACUUCAACUACCUGAAAACAGGCAUCAGGAUAAAAGAUGGAGGUUGCUACGUUGCCAAAGAUGAGGUUCAGAAGAACAUGAUGGAUGGCUACAGGCCCUCCAUGCUCUACAUUGAGGACCCACUACAGCCAGACAAUGACGUUGGCCGGAGUUCCUAUGGUGCCAUGCAGGUGAAGCAGGCAUUUGACUACGCCUAUGUGGUGCUCAGCCAUGCUGUGUCACCCAUCGCCAAGUACUACCCCAAUAACGAGACUGAGAGCAUACUUGGCAGAAUAAUCCGAGUGACACAGGAAGUGGAUGAAUACAGGGAAUGGAUCCGAAAGAACUGGGGGAGCCCGUCCCAGAAUGAUCUGCCACUCAACAGAAAUGACGUCACACUCUUUGAGUCCCAACAACUCGAUGAGUGCAACAACAACGUCCCAGAUGACGACGAUGUUGUUGUGGUUCUACCAUCGGCCCCCAACAGCAAAAACUCCUCCAACUCCUCCUCUCCAUCCCCUUCACUGCGCUCCUCUCCUUCGUCCUCUCUGCUGUCGCCUUCUUCCACAUCCUCUAACUCCAGCUCCAGUGAUGCGGACUCUGAUGGCACGCCGUGCAAGACAGCCAAGCAGCAGUCUGGCCGGGGCUCCAGCACCCACAGAGAAAAGUCAGCUGCUGUUAGUAAUCACCGAACACAGAGCCACACUACUGGCACUCCAUCUGGAAGCAACAAGGGAGGAAAGGGCAGGAUGUCUCGUUCACACCAUAAGAGUGGCCACCACGGGCAGCAGAGCUCGUCAUCUAGUACCAAAAGUCAUCCGAGCAACAAGCCACACCACCAGGGCAACAGCAAGAAGAGGAAAAAUGUACGAGACUCUACACAAGAAGACCUCUGCAGAUAGGGGUGACCUCGCCUGCCCUCCCCCCGUCCCCUGUCCUGUCUGCAACUGACUGACUGUCAUGUCCCACUUCUGCUGCCAGACUCCAGCCUCAGGAGGCUGUUAGUAGUAUUUAAACAUCUACAGUUAUCUGUCUCUCUGUCAAGCUUUUUGGGAUGACAAGCAACAAUUUCUAGCAGAAAAAAAAGAACAAAAAAAAGAAUCAUUAUAGGAAACGGGGUUUAAUUUCUUGGACCUGAACUGAAAUCAAAGGAUAAAAUGCUCAUUUGCUUCUCAACAGCUUCUUUUAUGGAGCAGUUUUCCUUCCCACAGCCAGCACCUACACAACAUGCCUCUUGCGCCUCCUGCUGUACAGGAGUAGACAGGUUGGGUGUCGGGAAUCUACUCUGGAGCAAUACCUGGAGCUACUGGCUGGAAAAUAGGAUCAAAAAUUUUAUCAAAAAAAAGAAGAAAAAAGCAGAUGGCUUAAAAUGUAUAAAAAAUAUAAAUGUUAUGUUGAACAGACAAAUAUAUACACAGAUUUUUUUAAGAUGGUAACUUACAAAUGCAAUCAGUAAGAGUGGGACAUAACUUAUGCAUGAGAUUUCUUUUUGUUGGUUGAUUUUUCUGUUGGUUUUUGUUAAGUCUAAACAGGUUAUACAAAGAUUUGUACAAAAACGCAUCAGAAAAAAAAAGUUAAAAAUACAAGUAAGAAGAGAUUGUUUCAUAUGAGAUUUUUACAAAAUAUACCGAUUGAAGACAUGUAAACAUGCACAUCUUGUGCCCGCAGCUUUUCGGCCAAAGCCAAGAGCUGGUUUGGGUCCCAUUGCCAACAUAAAUCAUCAGCAUCUACUUUUACUCCUGGUUGCUCUCUGUGAUUGUGCUACAGUGUUAAAACUUAGCCUUGAGUGAGCCAAUGCUCACAUACAGCCCUAUAGAUGACCGGGUGAGAGAUCAUCAUCUCAUCUCAAUAGCACAGCCACACCAGUGUAGAGGCUUUAAGACUAUUAAGACUACAGGUUUAAAUUAAUAAGGGGUGAUAAUGGUUUUAUGAAAAAUCCUACACUUGAAAAAAAAAAAUGUGUUAACAAUACAACUGUGGGUGAUAAUCUGUUCCUUCGGUAAUUUACCAACUACAAAAUCAUUUGUAUUUGUUAAAUGUAUUUAUUUUUUUAUUAAUUAUAUGAGCAUAGUAUGGAUAAAUGUAUUAUUAACAUUAGAGCCCAUAUCUUUGAGUCCUAUAUUUGAAAUAGGAUAAAUUGCGAGGGGGGUGGGGUGGGAAUAUUCAGGUACAGUAAAAUACCACCUUUAUUAUUUAAUUGGGUUUUUUUUCAUUGACAGUUGAGUGACCAAGUUACUUGGAAAAGUUUGAGAGAGACCAUUUUACAAGUCAUACAGUGGUAAUUGUAUUUUAAUAUGUGGCUGGUCUACUUACUUUAAAAGGGAGCGGAUAGUUUUUUUUUUUUUCAUAAACUAUCAUAGAAACACACGUCUUCAAUGUGUCAAUCCCCCUCUGUCAUUGCAGUACAGCAACUAACCUGUAGAUGGAGUCAUUGCUCUGAGUCUUAAUCCACAGAGUUUGGGCUUGUAUACUGCAUUUGGACGGUUUAUCGCUGCGUUAUUUUUGUGAUUGACCGAUAAUGUCCUGAUAUCUCAACUGAAUGGGCAGCUGCAUAUAGAAAACUCGUUAAGCUGAGUGCUUGCUGGAGGGAGUAACACACCAAAGCACAGUGCAAUUCUCCAUUGUCUCUUCCAAAUGUGACAAGAAUCACCCACAGUGAAAUCAAGUAGCCAGCAAUAACUACCACCUUACAUUAUACAUCACUACAAUGUCUGCUGCAGCAACAUGAUGCCUUGCUCACUCCCGAGCAAGUUUAAUCUUCUGUGUUAAGACAGUGAAGCACAUUUGAGUCCAUGCACUAACUCACAGCCUAUUAUAUUUAGUGUUGAAAUGUUUAAAACUACGGUUCCAUGCCCCCACCACCACCACCAUCCCCCAGCGCUACAGUUGCGGUUUAAAUGCAGUAUAUAAACGCUGGUCUUGUGGUAGACGGACAAGGAGAAAGGCAAAUGAAGUUAGCCGUGCCAUCUGAAUGUCCACUGACCAUCUUUUUUCACUGCAGGAAGCCUUCAAACCCAACUGUACUCAUCUGAAAUUUGUUUCUCUGCAGCUAUUACAAUUCAUGCAAUAAAAACAGUACAAUUAA